AUGAUUACCCCUCCGAAUAUUCAACCCGACAGCCUUUCUGCCCUUUGUUGUGUGGGUUUAUGUGGUGUCGCCACUCACCUAGCUAUAUUUCGAAUUGGAGAGUGGGAUGUUGCCGUUCAUCGUAUUGUUGCUUCCUUCGGUCUUAUCUAUGCAUCUCUCUUUGGCCUCUUAGCCUAUCAUAGUGACCAGGAUCGCCGGAGCCUUCUCGAUGCAUGGUAUAUUUCUUCUGUGCUCCUGGCAGCCUUCAUAGUCGGAGUAUACAGCAGCAUGGUCGUCUACAGACUUUUAUUUCAUCCCUUGCGCCGAUUCCCUGGUCCAAGAUUUGCUCCCCUGUCUGCGCUGUGCGCGAUAUCAAUGUCGAUGAAGAAGUUUCAUAUGUUUUUGGAAGUGCAGAAGCUACACAAAACCUAUGGCGAUUUCAUUAGACUGGGUCCAUCCGAGAUUUCAGUUGCGUCACCGAGCGCCGUGGCCACAAUUUACCAAAAUUCGUCUCCUUGUCUAAAGGGUCCUUGGUAUAAUGUUUUUGUGCCUACUAUAUCUUUGCAUGCCACAAGGGAUAAGCAGGAGCAUACACUCCGAAGAAAAGUAUGGGAUAGAGGUCUCAAUGCCAAAGCCAUGAGAGAUUACGAGCCAAGAAUUGAGAAGUAUACGGGCUUGUUGAUGAAUCAGCUGCAACAGAGAAGUGGCAAGCCGGUCGAUAUCACGGACUGGUGCGGCUUUUAUGGUUUCGACGUCAUGGGAGACCUCGCAUUUGGCAAGAGCUUCAAUAUGCUUAAUGACGGAGUCAAGCAUUACUAUAUGGAACUUACUCAAAUGUCUACCCUGUGGGGCAGCCCAAUUGGUCGAGCGUCUUGGCUCUAUUUAUUGAUCAAGGAUGUACCUAUCCUGAAUCGCCAGAUUGUACAAUUCUUAAAAUGGCUACGAAAACAUGUGGAUCAGAGGACAAAGAAUGAGCCGCACCUGCCAGACUUGUUCUCCUGGCUCCUAGGUGCCUACAAAGAACAAUCAGUCCACACAAAGCAAGACGAUCUCAACCUCUUGGGCGAUGCCCACCUUAUUGUGGUUGCAGGGAGCGACACUACCUCCACGACCAUGACCUGUGCCUUGUUUGAGCUGGCCAGCCAUCCCCAUGUCUAUCAGAAGUUACAGAAAGAAGUUGACGAUUUCCUGAAACAAGGGGACUCUCCUCAUAGCCACAGUGCCCUUUCUAAACUCAAAUACCUCCAAGCUAUCAUCGAUGAGACCAUGCGACUUUACCCAGCUAUUCCCUCGGGUCUGCAAAGAAUUACACCCCGACAGGGCAUGGAGAUCGAGGGAACAUUUAUCCCAGGAAACACGAUUAUCCAAACACCUACAUAUACACUGAACCGGGACGACAGAUGCUUUGUGCGCCCCAACGACUUCAUUCCUGAGCGAUGGACAACACAACCCGAUCUCGUUCGCGAUGCUUCAGCAUUCGCCCCUUUCUCGAUUGGUGAGUCCCAAAAACAGUUCAAUCCGGAGAUAAUUUUCUGA